AUGCGUCUUUGCUUUGUGACUGUGGGUGCGACUGCUGAGUUCAAGGAGCUCGUGGAGACAGUCUGCUCCGAGCCGUUCUUCAAAGCACUUGCGGCUAAAGGCUAUACUCACCUCUUGGUUCAAUAUGGUUGGCAUGCCAAGCACAUCAUUGAUGAUUUUCUGGUCGCGAAUCCUGCUGGGAGCCCCGCCAUGCAUGGAUUGCACUUCGGCCACUUUGACUUCUGUGACGACCCAAAAUACUGGAUAGGCCAGUGCAUGCCGUUCGAACUGAUCCACCGGGAAUUGGGGCUUGUCAUCUGCCACGGGGGCACCGGGUCUGUCCUCGAAGCUCUGCGCGCGGCCCCGCGUCUGAUCAUUGUGCCAAACCCACAUCUUGCCGAUAACCACCAGCAAGAGAUGGCAGAUAUGAUGUCUCGCCUCCAGAUGGCGGCGAGCUCGGACGUCAAGAACCUGAUCGCCACCGUCGGCCAAGUCGAGCGGCGCGCAGGAGAUUCGGAUUUCCUGCGUUCCUUCGACUAUCCCUUCCGCGAAGGAGCCAUGGGGGAACAGCUCGGCACGCUCGACUAG